CCUUUACACUUGUGCCCAUUGCCAACAAGUGGCGGUGGCUAGAGUUAGAGAGCAGGAAAUAAAAUGGUAAUUGCACACUGCUCGACAAAUGGACUUUCUCUAUAAUUUAUAGCCAAAUAGUGGAUAAUGUAAACAAAAUGAGAGGUUCAAAAUACCUUCCUGCUUAUAUACAACAUACUAGCUUAAAGCAUCUUGUCUCUCCUUCUCGGCUUGAGAAAAGACAGGAAAAAGAUGAUUGCCCUGAAGGCCAUCCAAGCCUCCUCUACGCCCAGUAAGCAUGCCCUAUUCCACACAAGAAGAUUUGCUUACAGUAGGAAGAGUUCCAUCCUGUGUCUCAGCAAGUCCAGUGAUUCUGAGUCUGAUUCUGAUCCCCAGUCCUCAGACGGAGACACUCGUAAGCAAGAGCUGCUUGCCCAGAUAGCAAUGCUACAGGCUCAAAAAGUUCGUCUCACUGACUACCUAGAUGAAAGAUCUGCUUAUCUCAACCAGUUUGCUGAAGAAGUCAAUGCUGACUUUGAUAAAGUUGGAGAAGAUGCUCUCAAAGGGCUUGAAGAAGCCGGUGAGCGGAUAAUGGAGAACAUUGAGAGCCAGAUGCAAGCCUUUGAAGAAUCCCAAGAAAUGAAUAGGCAGGAGAUUGAGAAGAAUGAAGGCCAGUUAGCGCAGUUCGAAGGCCAAAUUGAGAAAGAUAGGAAUGAAGGGUUGUUCUUUAAGAACCUAACGGAGAAAAAGCCAGUAGACAAGGCAAAAGCUAAGCAAGAAGCAGAGAAGAUUAAAGAGAUUACAAAAGAAAAGGCGGGGUCAAAAGUGCGGAGGAACAUUUACCUUGCUCUAAUUGCACUUCUAGUCAUUGCAAUUGCAGACUCUUUCAUCUCUUCAUCUGAUUGGAGAAAAGUUGCAGUUCUUGGAGCUAUUUUAGUUGCUUUAUUUUCUCAGUUCACCUAUGAACAGACAUUGUUAUCCGAAGCAGAAAAAUCAGAAAAGAAGGAUGAAAACAAGAAGUAAAGGCUUUUCUUAUAUCUAA